AUGAAGUUUCGGCUCGAAGGGCUGGACGUGUACUUUCCUUAUCAGUUCAUAUACCCUGAGCAAUACAAAUACAUGGUGUCGCUGAAGCAGGCCCUGGACGCGAAAGGCCACUGUCUGCUUGAGAUGCCCACGGGCACCGGGAAGACAAUAGCGCUGCUGUCUCUCAUCACUUCCUACCAGGCUGCCCACCCCGAAGUUGGGAAGCUGAUCUAUUGUUCCCGGACAGUUCCUGAGAUGGAAAAGGUCCUCACAGAGUUAAAGGAGCUCAUGGACUACCAUGGGGCGUGCACGGGCAGGGACACCCCACAAAUAUUAGCCCUUGGGCUCAGCUCCAGGAAAAACUUGUGCAUUCAUCCCAAGGUGUCAGAGGAGGGGUCCCGCGAAAGUGUGGAUGCAAUGUGCCGGAAGCUGACAGCUUCAUGGGUUAGGGAAAGGAACAAAGUUGGUGAUGACGUUGAGGUGUGUGAUCUGUUCGAGGCCCAUGAGAAGGCUGGAUCAGAAGCUCUUCUGCCCCCAGGUGUGUACACUCUUCACGACUUGCGAGUAUUUGGCCGGAAGAAAGGAUGGUGCCCAUACUUCCUGGCAAGGCAUAUGAUUGCAUUUGCCAACAUUGUUGUGUACAGCUACCAGUACAUGGUUGACCCCAAGGUGGCAAACAUGGUUUCGAAGGAACUGGAGAAGGAAUGUGUGGUGGUGUUCGAUGAAGCCCACAACAUCGAUAAUGUGUGCAUUGAGGCUCUCAGCGUAAACCUGAGACAGAAGACACUGGAACAUGCAUCAAGGAACACUACCAGACUGCAGCAAAAAAUUGAACGAGCAAAGGCCACUGAUGCCCAACGGCUACAAGACGAGUAUGCAAGACUUGUCCAGGGGCUUGCAAACCAAGGGGCCAUAGCCAGGGGGGGGGAGGAAUGGCUGGCGAAUCCAACGUUGCCAGCAGAUAUCUUGAAAGAGGCCGUACCUGGCAACAUCAGGAGGGCUGAGCACUUCAUUGCCUUUAUGCGCCGUUUUGUCGAGUACCUGAAAUCCCGAAUGCAGGUUCAGCAAGUUGAAGCGCAAGGGCCUCAGUCCUUCCUACAGCACCUGCAAUCCACUGUCGCCAUUGAGGGAAAGACCUUGAGGUUCUGCUAUGACAGGCUUCAGUCACUGCUGAAGACACUUGAAAUAACAGACACUGAUGACUUCCUUCCCAUUCAGCUGGUUGCUGACUUUGGUACAUUGGUUGGCACAUAUACCCGGGGUUUCCAAAUCAUCAUCGAGCCCUAUGACGAACGGAUGCCCAAUAUCCCCGACCCCGUGAUUCAGCUGGCAUGUUUGGAUGCUUCACUUGCGAUGAAACCAAUCUUUCAGAGGUUUCAGACUGUGAUCAUCACCUCAGGGACACUGAGCCCCCUCGAUUUGUAUCCGAAGAUCUUGGACUUUCAUCCAGUGGUUGCUCAGAGCUUGAACAUGACAUUGACAAAGGAGUGCUUGUGCCCGGUGGUGGUCGCAAGGGGCGCUGACCAGCAACCAGUCAGCACCAAGUUCAGCAUGCGUCAGGAUCCCUCGGUGAUGAAGAACUACGGCAGGCUGCUUGUCGAGCUCGCGAAGACGGUGCCAGAUGGCAUUGUGUGCUUCUUCGUGAGCUACCUGUACAUGGACACCAUAGUGUCAAAGUGGCACGAGCUGGGCUUGCUCAAGGACCUGUCUCGUCACAAGCUCGUGUUCAUCGAGACCCAGGACGUCGUGGAGACGACUUUGGCGCUGGACAACUACCGCCGCGCCUGCGACUGCGGCCGCGGCGCCGUCUUCUUCAGCGUGGCCCGGGGAAAGGUCGCGGAGGGCAUCGACUUCGACAGGCACUACGGCCGCUGCGUGGUCAUGUUCGGCGUGCCGUACCAGUACACCCUGUCGCGCAUCCUGCGGGCGCGCCUGGAGUACCUCCGGGAAACCUUUCAGAUACAGGAAGGCUCGUACCUGGACUUCGACGCGCUGAGGCAGGCGGCGCAGUGCGUGGGUCGCGUCCUCAGAUCCAAGGCGGACUAUGGUUUGAUGGUGUUCGCUGACAAGCGCUACCAACGCCACGACAAGCGGGACAAACUUCCGAAAUGGAUCACGUCCCACCUGCGAGACUCCCAUCUGAAUUUGUCCACCGACAUGAU